UCGCUCAUAAACUUCAUGGACAGCGUGCACAUAAACACGUUAGAAAUCAUGGAGCCUAAGCUUAUAAGAGUUAGAGUGUUAUGUGGCUAUGCCGACAUCUGCUUGCCCGAAAACAGCUUUUGGGUUAUGAUAAACACGGAGGUUCAUAGGUGUAUUAAUGACGUUCUACGUCAAGCUGUAAAUAAGAUAAUAAGUGCUGGAAUUAAGAUCCGCAAAAGGCAACGAAAAACGGCAAGGCUUUGCCUGGAUGGAGGUUGGUUACCUACUGACGAGUCAGUGCAGAUACUGCAUGAUGGUGAUGAAGUAAGCAUUCACUUUGGGACACGAGUUGUGUCUGGGAUUGUUGAUAAGACAUGUGACGAGGAUGGACAACUAUCCGAAGGUUCAGUUGCCAGAGUCAGAAAAUCGCAUCACUUCAGAAGGGACUCCGAAAGUGGAUCCACUGGGCACACAACUUGCAGCGGUAAGAGACGAGCAGAGGCCACAGAGAUGAGAGAAGGUGAGAGUAAAUGGAGAACCCCCAAGGACUUAACUAGCAUUGGCAAGAUGUCUAGUAAAGCCGAGAGCAUACAGCCACAAGCAAAGAAGCGCAGAAGAUCUAAAACAGAUGACAGAGCAAAGAAACUGGAUGCACAGUCAGGCAGAUCUAUUGCCAGUACUAUGGACAUAGACACUGCCAAUGGAAAACAUCGUACUUCGUCGAAAAAGAGCAAAAAGCGUAAAAAGGUUGAACGAAAACAGAAGUUAUCUGUGCCUGCAGAUGCACCCUUUGUAAACUCCACAGAUCUGCAUACUGAAAAGACAAUGAUCGUGCCGUCUAAAAUCACAGCCAAAAAGGGUACGAACUCUGACAGGACACAUAUGUUACCUGCAGACACACCUUCUGUAAAUGGCAGAGCUGAAACGAAGAAAAAGGAGAAAAACAAAGGACCUACUAAAAAGACGGCCGACACACAAGUGAACUCGACUGCGCAAGCAGAUUCAUGCACCGGGUUGUCUUCUGAGGGCAGUUUCGCGAAGGCCCGACGUGACAUGAACGAAGACGGAAGCACAGAAAACAUCGAUAUUAACCAGAGCGAAAAAUCCAACAUGCAUGCACCGAACGACAGUGAUACAGCUAAUCUCUCCCGAUCAGUGAGAAAACGUGUCCGACGGAGGAGAAAGGGGAAGAGCACAGCCGAUUCGCAGCGCAACUUUUCGGCGGCAAAUCGCGAGCAGUGUUUCAACAGAAAUAGUAGCUACAUUCCUGCCUUCGAGAUAGCGAACAACUUUGGAAGAAACAAGAGGAUUGUUUUCGAUGAUGAAAACGAUGACGAUGAAAAAGGAGGCGGGGACGGCGGAUUUGAAGCAACGACUGUUGGGGUUAUGCAGCCUCCUCCUCCUCCACAGAUGACAUCUCCCGUGGCAACGCCUAAAACAUUGCAAGGUCAUGACACAACAUCUUGUCAGCAGCCGGAGACUUUUGUAGAUAGAGAUUAUGAAGCGCUGACUCCGUUGUUGUCUUUUCCGAGAGUAGGCGACUUUAUUGCUUUCAAAAUGCUGGAGGUAGGAGAGUCCAUGACUCCAGAGGUGUCAAGCUACAAGGAAGCUCUCGUGGUCAACGUUGAUCAUGGCAUGCAGAGAAUCCAGCUAAAACCAGUCAGGGGAGUGCUUGAGGACCCACUAGAGGGCACUGGAGAUGGUAGUGUGUGGAUACCUUUCAAACAUCUGUUAAACCCACGACUCAUUCCGGAGGCUGAAGCUCGUGGCACGUGCCAUGGGAAAGCCAAUGUAGCACCCCAUUGCACAGCCCACGGUACUGAUCAAGAUGAAAUGGCGAAUAACAAUGCUAUCGAAAAGGAUCAAGAAGCAAACCACGAUGGAAGUGCAAAAGACAUCAAACUUAAACAGCCAGAUCAGUUCAAAGAGCACAAACAAAAUCGAAGUUACUCACCUUUCCUUUUAUUAUGUGAAAAUAUUGCGGAAUCCAGAGUAUAAUGGUCUGCUGGCCAAUGCAGCGUUUCUAUAUUGCUUAGCAUAUUUCAACCUCAUAAGUCCACCUAUGCAUACACACACACACACAUACAUACACAUACACACA